CAUGAAUUCCAGAGAGCGAGCAGGAGAUGACACAGACAGAGGUGUGUCUAAAUGCUGAUGUGGAGGGAGAGCUGAAUUGGAGCUGUGCAGAGCUGAUCGGAGCUGGGAGCAGCUGAAUUGCUUUCGCAUUGAGCUGGAAUGAGCAGAAAAUGAGCACAGAGUGUGGGAAACCUUCGCUCACAGAUCAGGAUUUAUCCAUAUAACCCUGACUGUUCGUCAUCCACAUCUGAGAAGUUCUCAAAUCAUCUUUAUAACCCCUAGUGAAGUAAGAAGGAGCCGCGAAGCUGCUGUCCACGUGGACUGGUGCUGAAAUCUCUCGAUUGGCUACCCGGCACAGCCAUUCCAAGCCAAGAGACAUGGCAACAAAUGGAACUAAGAUGGCAGAUGGCCAAAUUUCUACAGAAGUUAGUGAGGCCCCUAUCACUAACGAUAAACCUAAAACCUUGGUAGUCAAGGUGCAAAAGAAGAGGCCAGUGGAUUUGGAACGAGAUACAUGGAAGGGAAGAUUUGACUUCCUUAUGUCCUGUGUUGGUUAUGCCAUAGGCCUUGGAAAUGUCUGGCGAUUCCCAUACCUUUGUGGAAAAAAUGGAGGCGGGGCCUUCCUUAUUCCAUAUUUCUUAACUCUUAUUUUUGCGGGAAUGCCUCUGUUUCUCCUGGAAUGUACUUUGGGACAAUAUACAUCCGUCGGAGGCCUUGGAGUCUGGAGACUGGCCCCUAUGUUUAAAGGUGUGGGGCUGGCGGCUGCUGUCCUCUCUUUUUGGCUAAAUAUUUAUUACAUUGUUAUCAUUGCGUGGGCCAUAUAUUACCUGUACAAUUCAUUCACUACAUCCCUGCCAUGGAAACACUGUGACAAUUACUGGAACACGGAACGUUGUUUCUCCAAUUACAGCCUCCUAAACACCACUAACAUGACAAGUGCCGUGGUUGAAUUUUGGGAACGUAACAUGCACCAAAUGACAGACGGGCUAGAGAAACCUGGACACAUCCGGUGGCCUUUGGCUAUCACAUUGGCCAUUGCGUGGAUUCUUGUCUAUUUCUGUAUUUGGAAAGGAGUUGGUUGGACUGGAAAGGUUGUAUACUUUUCUGCCACCUACCCCUACAUCAUGCUGGUCAUAUUAUUCUUCCGAGGGGUGACCUUGCCUGGAGCGAGAGAAGGCAUUUUAUUUUAUAUAACUCCAGAUUUCAGCAAACUUUCCGAUUCUGAGGUUUGGCUUGACGCUGCUACUCAAAUCUUCUUCUCGUAUGGUUUGGGGCUCGGAUCUCUCAUAGCCCUGGGGAGUUACAACCCUUUUCACAACAAUGUUUACAGAGAUUCCAUUAUCGUCUGCUGUAUUAAUUCAGCCACCAGUAUGUUUGCAGGAUUUGUUAUUUUCUCCAUCGUUGGAUUCAUGGCUCAUGUCACUAAAAGACCGAUAGCACAAGUCGCAGCUUCAGGGCCUGGAUUGGCGUUUUUAGCCUAUCCUGAAGCGGUCACCCAGCUGCCAAUAUCCCCGUUAUGGGCCAUCUUAUUCUUCUCCAUGUUGCUGAUGCUUGGAAUCGACAGUCAGUUCUGUACCGUGGAGGGAUUCAUUACGGCACUUGUCGAUGAGUUUCCCAAACUGUUACGCAACCGAAGAGAAAUAUUCAUUGCGAUUGUGUGUGUUGUCUCCUAUUUGGUGGGACUGUCCAAUAUAACUCAGGGUGGCAUUUACGUGUUCAAGCUUUUUGACUAUUAUUCAGCCAGCGGGAUGAGUCUCCUCUUCCUUGUGUUCUUUGAAUGCAUCUCUAUAUCCUGGUGUUACGGGGUCAACAGAUUCUAUGAUAACAUUGAGGAGAUGGUUGGCUACAGACCCUGCCUGUGGUGGAAACUCUGCUGGUGUUUCUUCACACCUAUUGUGGUUGCUGGUGUGUUUCUUUUUAGUGCCGUCCAAAUGACUCCACUGACCAUGGGAAGUUAUGUCUUUCCAUCUUGGGGACAAGGCGUUGGUUGGUUCAUGGCUCUGUCUUCAAUGGUGUUGAUUCCAGGUUACAUGGUGUAUAAGUUCCUCUCCCUUAAGGGUUCAUUAAAACAGCGCCUACAAGCGAUGAUCCAGCCCAGUGAUGAUGUUGCUCACUCCGAAAAUGGUCCGGAGCAAUUGUCACAAAGCAAUUCUGCAAACAAAGAAGCAUAUAUAUAAUAUUGAUACUGUAUUCUAACAAGUCUUUGAAUACAAAAUGGUUGAUAUGACCACAAAUUUACAUCUGGAAUAAAUGAAUUUACCUACCUCCUGUGGCAAAAAAGGGAUCCAUCACCCGUAGAGCACAAGGAAAUCAACUAGGUUAUUUUAUUACCGCUUUGUGGAAACCACGAUGAAAUGGUUUGCGUCUUCAGGCUACUGAGACUGUUAAUGUUUUUAUCUUUCCGCAAGAUUUAUACACAAAAUAUUCCAUUUUUAAAAAUACUUGGCAAGAAGAGCUGAGGUUUUGUGUAGCAUAUUUUUAAUGAUUUACAAAUACAUUCCUUACAGGCAGCUCCAGUAAAUUGAAAUACAAUUUUUUUUCUUUACUAUUUUUACACUCCAGACUUUUCUAAAAAAAAAUGUUAAAUUAAAUUUAAACCUCUCAUAAAUACGGCAUUUUUAUUUGGUUCUAGUUUCCGUGUGAUUUCAAUCCAUUAGCAAAAUUACUACACAUUCUUUCUGAAUGAAAGCUCAGAAGCACAAAUGAAUUCAGGAAAUUUUAUGAGGACCAAACAGAACAAGUGCAUAUUGUAACAGAAAAUCUAAAAUAACAAAAAUGGAUCCGAGAUAAAAUGAACACCAGCAUAGUUUAGAACUCAUAAAUAAAAAAAUUGCAGCCGCAUGAGAUAAAAUCAAUCAUUAUAAUACAUUAACAGCUGUAACUGUCUAAUGAGUGUGAAAGGAGACUAUGAUUUUACGAUAAGGGCAUUCUCAAGAAAACAUUGUAGUCUUCUUCAAUUCUCUGCCAAAUUGUGUAAAGCACACGAUUGUUAUACCCUCGUGGUUAAUAAUAAUUAUACAAAAAUCAGGAAGAUACAUUGAUAGAGACCUUUAAGCCACAAAACACCCCUGCUCUGACCUAGCACACCUUUCAAAUAAAUACUAUUUCAUAUUGCUCAUCAAAAUGAAGUCAGAAUAAUAUAUGUGUAGUUACUGCAUUGGAAUCUGACUUUGGUUGAGUGGCAGCUACGACGAGACUUGGGGUAAAUGCUGUAUUUAUAUAUUUUAAAUGACUGUGACCGAAUUGCACAAUGGUCAUGUUUACGGGCCACUUUUUGUGCAUUUUCCAGUGUUAUAUAGCACACCCAUAAACUUAGAGCUAGUAUAUGGUACAGUGUUAACUGUGAAUGUUGGUUUUGUUCGUCAUUAUUGUCCAAAGAGUAAAAAAAAAAAAUAUAUAAAAUAUAUAUAUAUAUAUAUAUUAUGUUCUUGCAAUAAAGUAAUAAUUUCACAAAGUCAAGCACAUUAUGAUAGAAAAUGUAUACAGAUAUUUUAACAGACUUUGUAUGGCAGUAUUGUUUAGUAAAGCCUGAAUCGUCUUAUCUUAAAUGUACAAUAUUCUGUAUAGUAUAUUGUUUUCAAUGUCUGUAGCUGGAUCCUUUGGAAAGCCGAUCAAAUGUCUUGCUGUACCACUAAUUUGUAUAUUUUACAAUCUGUCUAACAUUUUGUUUGUGAAUGAUUCAGUUUCUAAUCGUUUUAUGUAUGUACUAAAGUCCAAUGUUGUUCUAAAAAAAAAAAAUACAAAAAAUAACGUAUUAAAUGUUUGAUUGUACCCAAAUAUUACAUAAAGAUUUGGUGCGCUUCGUAGCAGCCUUCUAUACAAAUAUAUGCUUUAGCAAGAUAGUGUCGUAGGAACUACUGUGUUUCGAUUGUGAAUAGACGUACCCUUUUGUAGUAUUUGCCCUGAGAACAACCUGUCUAAAUAUUAUGAUCAAAUAAGCUUACCUGCAAUAAGAGUUUAUCAUCAAGAUACAAAUACAUUUAUCUCUAUAUAAAAAUAUAUAUGUAAUGUAUCAUAUACAUAGUCUAAAUAUAUAUAUAAAUAUAUAUAUAUAUAUAUACAGAGUCUGAUUUUAAAAUACAGUAUUAUAUACAUUUAGGAACCUGCAAUAUGUUCUAUGGACCAAAUGUAAUAUAUUUAUAAGAUGCAUUUGAAAUGUCUUUUAAAUGGUGUCAAACUGUACUUAUAGCACGGUGGUCAUGUAUGCUUACAAACAUAGACAUUCAAUAAAGGAUAUAUUACACAGUAA